CUAUUCAGUUGUCUUUUUUGGGAUUCACCAACCACCAGUACAAAGUCUCAAGUGCGUCUUAUUCCUCAAUGGCGUGAUGCCGGUAUACUUUUCGUGUGUGACGUUUCAAGAUCACACUGUGUUUAGGGGAUUUGACCAUCCAAAAAACUUUACUUUCAAUGGCUUACCAAGAAAUAAAGAGCCUGAGCCUGGCUCUGGAACAUGCCGUAUUUUUGUUGCAUACAAACAGGCAAAAAAACAAGCAAACAAACCAAAAUGAUUAUAAAAAAGAAAAAAAAGAAGCAAAGAAAAACGUGACAAUGACUCUGAAGCCAAGGUAGUAUUGAGCAGAUCAAGGUGCGCUAUACCAUAUAAAAAGCCAUGGCAGUACUUUAGGUGCCGUAAAUACAAUAUGAAACGGUAWGUCCCUCUAAGCCCUCUGGAUAUCCUGGGUACAGAUGCGAUUUCAUUUAUAAUGGAGGCGACAUGGUUUAGAUAACUUUGGAAAACAGGAGAAUAGCAGAAAUAUGCAACAACAUCUUCCUUGAACUUCAUGUUUCUAUCAUUUGYGGAUGGCAUUUUGCAGGGUAAAAGAUUUAUCUUGAUGCUAACUUGAUUAAUCMAUCAUCAUGAUCAUAUGAUGCGGAUUGAAGUGUUCUCUUUUACUGAAUGACCAAUCAGGAGGAAGAAUAAAGUCAUGUGACACAGUGUGACGUCAGGCCUAAGACAAGAUAGAAACAACGAGCUGUGUCCUGUGACAUGAAUUAAUUUUUGACAAAAAAUAUUKGACAAAAACAGACUGAAAUGCCCAUYAUUCCUGAAACUUUAUGGGUAGUUUAUGCAAUAAAUAACAAUCGACCGUGAGAUUGAGUAAUACUCGUUGAAAAAAGUAGAUAAASUAGUGACAUCGCCUUGCUUUCAGCCGAUAAAAAUGGCGGAGCAAAGUGCUGGUGUGCCAACGGCUAAUUUUACUCCCCUGGAGCCAUUCGUUCAUCAAGUUGGAGGCCAUUCUACAAUGAUGAAGUUUGAUGAUGUAUCGGUGUGCAAGCCUUUCGUUGUGAGGGAACAUCGAUUUUAUGAGGAUCUGCCUUCAGAGAUGAAAGCUUUUACACCAGAGUACAGAGGUGUUGUGUAUGUAAGCUUUGAAGAAGAUGACGAAGGCUUCAUUUAUACCAUUGCACAUCCAGAUAAAAGGGCACUAGAAAACCAGGCAGUCAAUUCGAGUCGCAAUAACUCAUCUGACAGUGACAGUAGUGAAGACAAUGAUAUUGGAACUAACACUUCACCCAGCAGGCGUAGAUCAUUCCGAGCAAGUCAUAUUGAGAGUGUACAGAAAAGGCCACAUAGAGUUCGAUUAAGGAGUGGAAAAAUUGAAUUGGUAGACACACGUAAAGACAGAGUAUUUGCAGCUGAUGAAAUGACUGAACAAACUCAAAGUGAAGUGAAUCCAUGGAGUCUGCAUCUUCACAAGCAACAAUUAUCAAAACUAAAUAAAACAGCAAAAAUACAAAAAUUUAUUGUUCUYGAAAAUGUAGCAUAUCAAUUUACUUAUCCUUGUAUAUUGGACCUGAAAAUGGGGACAAGACAACAUGGCGAUGACACACCUAACGAUAAACGAGCCAAGAUUAUGGCUAAAGUUGAGUCUUCAACCUCRAAAACUCUAGGUGUCAGAGCUUGUGGGCAGCAGGUAUAUCAGCAAGAUUCAGGGAGAUUCAUAUGUAAAAAUAAGUAUUAUGGUUUGAAACUCUCAGAAGAAGGCUUCAAAAGAGAACUUACUACAUUUCUACAUAAUGGACAAAGACUUAGAAUUGAGCUCAUUGAGCCAUUCAUUCAUAAACUMCGCAAAUUAUACAGAGUUAUAGAGAAAUUGAACUCUUACAGAUUUUUCUCCAGUUCGCUAUUGCUGUUAUAUGAAGGCAAAGAGCUGGAAUCAGGUCAUUGGAUGCGUCAAGAUAGUGAAUGCAACUCAUCCAUGGAUUCAUCUGAUGGUCUCAUGCCCAGGAAUUCUUCAUCUGCAAGUCUUAAAGGAUCAAGGCGUGCUAAGGUUGAAGUACGGAUGAUAGACUUUGCACAUACUUCAUACAGUGGRUGUCCGCAGGAUAAAGUACGGUCAGGACCUGAUACAGGUUACUUGUUUGGUAUCGAGAAUGUUAUCAGACUACUGGAAGAAAUCCAUAAGAACGCAAUAACAGAGGAAGAGCAAGAAUGCAUUGAUGACUCAAUCUUCAAUGAACUUCAUCAGUGAUGACCUAAUAUGGUUCAUUUGUGGUUUGUCAAUUUGUUAGGAAUUCAAAUUGAACAUUAUUUCCUUGCUUCUGAUUCAAGUUUACCCAUAUAAGAUUCCAUACUGUCAAAAUAGUAUGAAUAAUAACAUUGUCACCUAGCAGAUGAAGUGACUUUUAAGACUCAAGUCAUCUUUCAUAAAGCAACUCACAUAACCUAUUUAAAUGAUCCAACACAAAUGACUAGAUUCUUGACCAUGGAAUUGAUACCUUUCUGGUUAAAAAAGAACAAAAAUACAAACAGCUAAAACUAAAACGUUAGAAUGAGUUACAGGUAUCCAAAUGUUAUAUUAUUGAGACAAGCUGGAGCCUUUGCUGGCUCAAAGGGCUGCAAGCAAAAGGUCAAAAUAUAACAUUCUGGCAUAAAAAAGGCCAAAAUAAAUGUGAAUAUUUACCAGUCAAAACUCUUCUUGUAUUAAAAAGAGCCAGAGUGGGUACAUCAUACAAGUCUAUACUUCAGCCCACCAUGGUUUAGGCUGUACCAACCAAAAUACCUAGAAAUCCCUUGGUCAAUUCUGAGCACUAACUGUGCACAACUCGGUGUGCAUGUAUGCCAUGUAUGUAGGCAAAUCAUGUAAUAAUGUAACAUGCAAACAUGGUUACUCAAUUAUAUCAGCAUACAAGAUGCAUAGCCUUCUCCUUAUAGUGAAAUCCACUAAAYUUACAAGAUUUCCAAUUUUUCUAAGUGAAAAAAAUACAAAAAUAGCUAUACAACUCUUGAAAUGUAUGAAAGUGAUUCUCAAAAUGUUCUAAUUCAAUUCUCUAAAURUUCUAUUUUGUAAAGGAAAAUCAAAUAUUUAUUUAAUGAAUGCAGAGAAUUUGUUUUUAACUACAUAAAAUGUUACAUGUAAUAUUUUAAAGUAUGCAAAACGCAAAUACUUCAGAGAAAUAUGUAAAAGGCAUGCCUAAUCUGAAUGGUUUUUUUUAACUGUUAGGUUACAGCUGUCCAUUUGAUGAAGAGAGUUACAAUCAGAUUAUGGAGUAAGGCGUGUUAAGUAUUAGGGGGGAAGGUUWUAUCRGCAAUGGGGUUCUCUGUGACAGRGGAUGUUUGCUGCUGGAGAUUAGACUCGAUUCCCUUGAAUAAAYYGCCUUACUCCAAAUUUAAUGUAAAGAUUACACAAAAUAUUGYUUAGAAAAAUUGUUGCGAUCAUUUGUAGGUCUACUCUACACUGAAUAAGUCGUGCACUGCAAUACCCUCAUUAGAGGGCAUUKCAAGCAUAGCCAAAGAAAAAAAUAAUGUUCUGUAGUCAGUAUUAAAUGACAUUGAAGAUUUUAGUUCRCAUAGUUUAUGUCAAUAUACUCAUCAUGUUCAGAUUAGUGUACAUAGGUCAUAAUUAUUUCCCUUAUAGCAAAGUCUUUCUGAAGAUGGAAUUUUAUUAUUUAACGUAUUAUUGCUCUAAAUAAACAAGUUCAAAGAUGU